AUGGCCAAUAAUCCUCCGGGGAAUCAACUCUCCGUCAAGGUGAAAUGCCGUAGCGAGAAGAUGGAGGGGCUCAUGGAUCGGAUCAGUAAAGUGAUUCACCGUGGACCUCAACAUCUAGACGUUGAGAGUUCUUUUGAGUGUAGAAGAGAGCCUGACACCCAAAUCUAUCCUUAUCUCGAUUUCAUGCCUCUGAAUUUGUACACGAACAAGAACAUUGGUUUCCUUGAAGCUCAUGUAUUCGGUCUUAAAUCCAUGUCUCUUGUAGAAGUUCGCUUUCGAGAUGACGUGAGUCUGGAGAAACUCGUGUCGGGUUGUCCUGUUCUUGAAGAGCUGACCUUGAUUAGGGAUAUGAAUUCUAGUUUUGUGGGUGAAGUUGAUAGAUUCAUGCGUGACUUAUCAGCAAAAAAGAACAUUGCCGAGUUCUUUCUCUCUGGGAUAUCGAGUGUUAGACAUAUGACCAUCUCCGAGGACACAGUGGUUGCCCUUAAGCAUUACUCGGACGCAGGGCUGCUUCCUAAAUUCAAUAACUUAUCACGUUUAGAAGCCGUGUUCCCUUGCAUGUUAUUACCGUUUUUGCCAGUCUUUCUUAAGCGUUGCCUCAAUCUGAAACAUCUAAUCUUGAAGGUUGUUGAUGCAAAUUGGGCGAAGGAUGAAUUUGAACUCACAGGUGUGCCGGGGUGCUUCUUAUCGACUCUCGAGUGCAUUCAGCUUAAAAGUAUUCAUUACUGGAAGGAAGAGGCGAUAAAAAUAGCCACAUACUUUCUUCAAAAUGCAGCAGUUCUGAAAAAACUCACUCUCAGUUUCAUGGAUUAUCCUCGACUUGUCCCAGAUAAAAAAAUCUUUGAAGAGAUUAAUAAAGUUACAAAACUUUCUCCGACCUGUCAAAUUCUUCAUGAAUGGGAGCCUGGAUUUUAG